AUGGAUAAGGCAGAAGCCGUCCGCCUUAGCGCCGCCUUGCACGCCUCAGACCAAAUCGGACGCCUUAGCUUGUCAGGCAGGGAAACAGAGAUUGCAGGCGGGAAAACUGACCUGGGCGGGAACACAGGCGCGGGAAACAUUGGUUCAGGUGCGACCAGUUAUGAGAAGGGGAAAGAGAGAGUGAAUCGACGCGAGAGGUCUCUCCUGUCUCCUCUCUGGACCAUUGACGGAGGCUUCCUCCUCAGAUCUGCGGCAGCCGCCAGCCUCCUCCCUCCGGCCACAGUUCCUCCCCCUCCUCUCUGGCUGCAGCUCCUCCCCAUCCUCCUCUGGCGCAACCCUCUUCCAGCAGAUCAGCACCACAUCAAGCCAGGUGUACCUGCUCUGAUGGAUCUAGCCAAUGAUCCUAGGAGAAGAGCUACAUCAGAUGAUCCAGCCUGGAAGUAUGGGUUCUGGCCAGAUUUAGAGAGGAAAGAUUUACUCCAGUGUACAUUGUGUGGCAAGAUAGUCCAUGGUGGAGUGAGAAGGCUAAAGCAGCACUUUUCUGGGGGUUCCAGUGAUGCGGAUAAGUGUCCCGAGGCAUCCAUGGAGAUUAGGAUAGAGAUGCACAAUUCCUUAAACACUAGAAAGUUUAAAGCUAUGGAGCGAUAUAUUGAUGAGGAGGAUGAAGCUGAACUUCAAAGGCGCCGUUCUGUCAUAUACACAAGAUGAUUUGAGGCCUAUGCUUUGGUAACAGUUUAUAUGUUAAUGUUAGUUGUUAAAUCUCCUAAUUAGUGGCC